GGGGAGGGAGAAAAGGCAAAGCACUGCCCCAACCAAGAACAAUUUGAAAACCCACCCCAUAAUACUUAAAAUCUGGGACAAAGAACCGUCAGGACGGAACUGCUUCAAUUGCAAAACCUCCGCGCAGCCUGGGGAGCGGUCCCACCGCCCGAACCCGGAGCAGUCUCUUCAAAGAAAAGCGGAGUACAGUAUUGGGAUUCUUGAAACCUGAAACCUAGAAACAGAAUCGAAGCGGAAACCAGAAGGAAAACCUUGAACUCCCCCAGACAAUUGCUUCCGGGGAGUUUCUAGGGAGCGAGGGGGAAUAAAGGGCCAAAGAGGAGGGGCCCUCGGAUGGCGCGUCCCUGAGGGUCGUGGCGAGUUCGCGGAGCGUGGGAAGGAGAAGACCCCACUCUGUCCCUGGGCUGCGGGUCAUGGCCACCGUGGAGCAGAAAGCCCUGGUCAUUGGCUUCAAGUGGCUCUCCUUGGCCACUCUUGUGCUCAUCUGCGCCGGGCAAGGGGGACGCAGGGAGGAUGGGGGUCCAGCCUGCUACGGGGGAUUUGACCUGUACUUCAUUUUGGACAAGUCAGGAAGUGUGCUGCACCAUUGGAAUGAGAUCUACUACUUUGUGGAACAGCUGGCUCAUAAAUUCAUCAGCCCCCAGCUAAGAAUGUCUUUCAUUGUCUUCUCCACUAGAGGAACAACCUUAAUGAAACUAACAGAGGACAGAGAACAGAUCCGUCAAGGCCUAGAAGAACUCCAGAAGGUUCUGCCAGGAGGAGACACUUAUAUGCAUGAAGGAUUUGAAAGGGCCAGUGAGCAGAUUUAUUAUGAAAACAGUCAAGGGUACAGGACAGCAAGCGUCAUCAUUGCUUUGACUGAUGGGGAACUCCAUGAAGAUCUCUUUUUCUAUUCAGAGAGGGAGGCUAACAGAUCCCGAGAUCUGGGUGCAAUCGUUUACUGUGUUGGUGUCAAAGAUUUCAAUGAAACACAGCUGGCCCGCAUUGCAGACAGUAAGGAUCACGUGUUUCCAGUGAAUGACGGCUUCCAGGCGCUGCAGGGCAUCAUACACUCCAUUUUGAAGAAGUCCUGCAUUGAAAUUCUAGCAGCUGAACCAUCUACCAUAUGUGCAGGAGAGUCAUUUCAAGUCGUGGUGAGAGGAAAUGGCUUCCGGCAUGCCCGCAACGUGGACAGAGUCCUCUGCAGCUUCAAGAUCAAUGAUUCGGUCACACUCAAUGAGAAACCCUUCACUGUGGAAGAUACUUACUUGCUGUGUCCGGCACCUAUCUUAAAAGAAGUUGGCAUGAAAGCCGCCCUCCAGGUCAGCAUGAACGAUGGCCUCUCUUUCAUCUCCAGCUCAGUCAUCAUCACCACCACGCACUGUUCGGAUGGCUCCGUCCUGGCGAUCGCCCUGCUGAUCCUGUUCCUGCUCCUGGCUCUGGCAUUGCUUUGGUGGUUCUGGCCCCUUUGCUGCACUGUGAUUAUCAAGGAGGUCCCUCCACCCCCUGUUGAGGAGAGUGAGGAAGAAGAUGAUGAUGGUCUACCUAAGAAAAAAUGGCCCACGGUAGACGCCUCUUACUAUGGUGGGCGAGGCGUUGGAGGCAUUAAAAGGAUGGAGGUUCGUUGGGGAGAAAAGGGAUCCACAGAAGAAGGUGCUAAGUUGGAAAAGGCAAAGAAUGCAAGAGUCAAGAUGCCAGAGCAGGAGUAUGAGUUCCCUGAGCCUCGAAAUCUCAACAACAAUAUGCGCCGGCCCCCCUCGCCCCGGAAGUGGUACUCUCCCAUCAAGGGAAAACUCGAUGCCUUGUGGGUCCUACUAAGAAAAGGAUAUGAUCGUGUGUCUGUGAUGCGGCCACAGCCAGGAGACACGGGUCGCUGUAUCAACUUCACCCGAGUCAAGAACAACCAGCCAGCCAAGUACCCCCUCAACAACGCCUACCACACCACCUCCCCACCCCCUGCCCCCAUCUACACGCCCCCACCCCCUGCUCCCCACUGCCCUCCCCCUGCCCCCAGCGCCCCCACCCCUCCCAUCCCAUCCCCCCCUUCAACCCUUCCACCCCCUCCCCAGGCUCCUCCUCCCAACAGGGCGCCACCCCCCUCCCGACCGCCUCCAAGGCCUUCAGUCUAGGACCCAGAGUCCGUGCUCUGGGCUGUCUCAGAGACUUCAGGGAGGAGGCUCCUCUGUGCUGUUAGAACAAGUCUUUCCAGCUAGAGGAGAGAGUGGUGAUCAAGCCCACUGAUGCCCACACACUUUAAAAAUUGGUUGGCAAUGCCAACACACUGACAAUUGUGAUCAGCGAAAGAAAUAGAAAUGUUGAUUGCCUGAAAACUAUGAUGUUGCCACGCAGCCACAUUUAUAGCCAGCCACCCAUCGCCUCUCGAAGGUUCCAGAGGCAGUGAAACUGCCAAGAUGCUCUCAGCGGGAUUAUGUCUCACAGAGACCAGUAAGAAAAUGCUGAGUGAACUGCAGAGUCAGAUAAGGAAGGACAUUGCUGGGUUUCUAAACGCCACCUUCCCUCCUCCACUCCGCCUCAACGACUCGACCCUGAACCCUUGGCCUAGGAACCAAGGAACCCUCACCCCUGUGCACCGCCCUGGAAGGUGGACGCGUUUGCCUGCAACUUUGGAAACACUUGGUAUGGAGUCCCCGGGGUGGCAAGAAACUCAACAUCAGACAGGCAUCCUAAAGGAUGUUCUCCCGGGAUUCGCAGACGUGUUCAGACGUAUGCCCUGUUCUUUCAAGUUCUCCCGGUUUCCAGGUGAGGAAGGGAGCAGGUGUUUGUGGAUGGGAAAGGUAUGUUACCAUGUUGCUGAGUAAGUGAAAUCAGUCGUGUGCAUUGACAGGGAAGUAUCAAUGGGAGCAUCAGACAGUUUCUAAAACCCACAGGCCAGCAGCAGCUGCAGGUGGGUGGCUUUGGCCAGAGGUGACCCCCUAAAUCAACAAACUAUGGCAUGUCACAGAGCAACCUGUUAAUGACUCAUGUUGAAAAUCAAGCUUUGGCUUUGGUUUAAAUCACUAGAGAUAGGAUGAAGUGAUCGAACCUGUUUUCCAGAGACAAAUGAGUUGAUCUUCCCAAAACAGCAUCAUUAGCACCUACCGCACGUGACAUCACUGAUUUCUCUCUCUCUCUCUUAUUUUUUUUUUCACUUUUUCUUUCUUGGUAAAAAGAUGUCACGGUAGAGCUAAGAGACAACAGUCCUGACAUAAGGGAAUUAUUCCCAGGUUCUCAAAAAAGACGUGUGUAGAUGCAAAUCUGUUUCUCCUUGGCUUUUCAAUAUGCUCACAAAUAAUAUCUCAGCGAAGCCAGGAGAAACACCAGGUAUGCAACACAGAGACGCUCCACCUGCCAACACUCACCAUGUCUGGGACUCACCCAUUCCUCCAAGUCUUUUGGAAUCUGUUUAAUCUGUAAGCCUUGGAGUCACUUGCUAAACAUGAAGUUGUAUCACCCAGAGUAAAAAAAAGAAAAAACAAGGUCAUUGUCAAAGGCCUUUUGUGCCAGCCUGCUCAAAAUGAUCUCCCCCUCCAGCUUUCCACAGGUCCUUAAAGUUUUGUCCCAACGCCCUCAAAUUCUUAAAACUUCUCUGGAACAAAACAGAAUAUAAAAUUAGUGCCUUGGGCUGUGGUCUCCAGAGAUCCCUGGAGAACUCAUGGAGCCAGCCUCAUUCCCUCACCUGGUGGAGAACAGAGUUGUCAGGCUGGGGUGGGCAUCCCAUCAACAGCAAUUCUUGUGCCCACCAAGACGUUGCUCAUCACAGCACCAUUUCCCAUUAAACGUAAUGAUUUCUUCACAAUCCUUCUCAAGUCACAACGCUAAAGACCUGUCACUCACCAGGCGGAAUGGAGAGAGAGAAACCCUACUUGCCACUCCUACCCUGGAAAGCAAAAACAAAUAGGGUUUGUGUGGAGGAAAACGGAAGCCCGCCAGCCCAAAAGGUACAGUCAGGAAAAGCAGGCCUAGCAGAGUGAAUCUGAAGGGCCAGCAGCAAACUGACACCUCCAAGCUGUACCUCAGACCCUGUCGCUUCCCACAGCUGCCACUUCCAGAGAACCUCUCAGCCUUCUCACAGAGUUAAAAUCAGAGGUGGUCUUCAAGACUUAGGAAGGCAAACCCUCUCCCGUCAUUCAGCCCCACCACAUUGUCUAUUUUUAGAGCACAGGGCUUCCCCUUAGGAUAGUCCCUGGUGAAACAGGGGUCAGAAUGUCUCAGCCACCUGCAGAGACAUGACUGAGCCCCAGAAAACCAUUCCUUAGAAGAAUGGGUUCCCUGGGCUCACAGCAUAAAGAUAUUGAGCCCACGGCAACUGUUUUGACUGCUGGCAGUACGAAACAGUCCACCCCACACCACUACCGCGUGACUCACGCGGCCAACAGAAGGUUCAAGUCAAGUAGCUGACAUUGCUGUGCAUCAAGAUGGCAGGCCUCAGGCGAGAAGGUGACUUUCAGGAUCUCAACAGCAUUAGUCAGAUGCCCCGUGCAGUUUCCAAGAGGUUGUGGCAAACUGUUUUGAUGAAAUAGGGAACUGCAAAUAUAUGAUGAUUUUUUUUGAAAAGAAUUAACAGGGUUUGUUCUGAAAACGGACCCAUUAAAUCAUCCCUAGUCAUUCACAAUUACAGUUAGGAAGGAGAAAUUUCUAUACACUGUGUGAACAAGGUAAUAUUCUUGUAGUAGGCUAUUCCAGGCAGGAAAAUUCUUUAACUGGUUUACAAAAUCUGUCAGUUCUGUGUCAGUCCCUGUAAAAGAUAGGAGACUUAUGAUUGUGAUCAGGAAACUGCACAAAAUUAUUUUUUUCAACCCCCGUGUUAUUGUCCUUAUGAAGUUUCUUUUUUAUAUAAAAACCAAAUUUUUGUUGUACAUAUUCGUAUUCCAUGUGUUAGAUGGAAGCAUUUCCUAUCCAGUGUGAAUAAAAAGAACAGUUGUAGUAAAUUAUUAUAAAGCCAAUGAUAUUUCAUGGCAGGUUUUUCUACCAAGCUGUGCUUGUUGGUUUUUCCCAUGACCGUAUUGCUUUUAUAAAUGUACAAAUAGUUACUGGCAUGACGAGAUCCAUGUUUGCACAGCAUUAAUAAGAACCUUGCUAAGAAGCGUGGUCCCUUCUGCUGACAUCCAGCUCACAGUUUCUUCCUGGAACUGGGUAACGCACUUCCGUUAGACACAAGGUCUCUCCUUUACCAAGGUCAAGAACAGGGUUUGUGGAUAAAUUAAUUAAUAGUCUUGAUAUCUAGCCAUGGGUAACGUCACUGUAAAUGUGAUUAGAAUGAGCAGAAAGAUCUUGAAUUGUCAUGUGUGUACUAAGUUGCAAGCAAUUUAUCAGAUGGGGGAUAAUCUGUCAAAGAAAUAGAAAAUAACGACGAUUAUGAGAUAAAAAGCAACAGUUUGGCCCAGUGCCAAUUCAAUAAAAAAUUAAUGCUGUGUAAAAUGGGUUGAAUUAGUUUGCAAACUAUAUAAAUACAUAUACAGCAAAAAACCUGUUAAUGCACACCAGGUGGGAAUGGAGUGUUCUAGUCAAUUGCCUUUCCUAGUUAUCUGAGCUCUGCUAUAUUAUCAUACUUGGAUAACCAAUUUAAAAGAAUUAGAAUAUGAUUUUUUUAAAUACACUUAACAUUAAACUCUUCUUCUCUUUCUUUUUCUGUGAUAAUUCAGUUAUGGAUCUUCAGUGUCAUUGUUAUUAAAAAAAAAAAGUUAUCACUGUACCAUGCUGUAGGAGACUGGGCUGAACUUGU